AAAAUAGAAUAAGACCUUAUGUGUAGCUGUAAGUAAUGUAAGGAUAACAUCAUCUUUACUAAAAUAUCCUCCUCCCAAACAUUAUCUCAAGCAAACUAGUUGAACACCCUGAACCAAAACUAUCUUUCUGAAGAUAAGUUUUCCACAGUGAAGAACUAGGCUUCACCAUGACUUGCCUCCACCUCCACGCUUCAUUGUUUCCCAUGCAUGCAAAACUCAAACAGCAGCAACAACAUCAUGUAGGGAUGGAGCAUACUACAAAACUACUCUGGGGUGAGCCAAGCAUGACUAAUCCACAUUGCAAGAGCUUUUCUUCAGCAAGUUCAUUGAGGACCAAGGCAAUUCCAGAUUUCAUUGUUGUUGCUGCUACUUCUCCGCCCAAACCCCGUGACCCAUCUACCUUUCUUCCAAUAAGUCUCCUGCUUGUAUCAGUAUACUUCAUAUCAAAUUUCGUCGUGCCGGAUAUUCUUACCAAAUAUUUUGGAUUCGAUAAAGUGAAUGAAGAGAAGAAGGUUGAGGUUGAUGAUGUAGAGGAUGAGUAGACAGCACUACUGAUAUGAAGAAAAAAUUGAUUACUCUGUACCAAAGAUGCUAGAGAACAACAACUCUGUAGUUGUAUGAAUUUGUCUCUGUAUCUUUAGUUUGCAUUAAGAUAAUAAAAGGAAUGUGUGUUGUUCUAAACUUUGUAAUGAUUACAAUCUUGUGAAACCAAAAUGUUCUUGCACCA